AUGGAUAAUCCACCAGUUUUGUCCUUAACUCAGAAAAGAAAAUACUGGAAGGACUCAUCCAUUGAUACCAAUGAGCCUACAAUUUCUUCACUGACGUCUGAUGGUUUAAGAUCUUCCUUACAAAAUCAAAUUAUAAAAAGACAUCAACCCAUCUUUACCUUCAAAGAAAAGUUAGCAAUUUUGCAAAGGUUAGAAAAUGAACCUGUUAAUAUUGUGUCAAGAGAACUUAAUAUUAAUGAGCGGACACUACGAAGAUGGAAGAAUCAACGGCAAGUAAUUGAAGUUUUGAGCAAAAAAGAAAAUAUUGCUAACCAUAAAAAGAAUAGACUGGCUGCUAAUUUAGAAUUAGAGGAUGCUUUGUAUAUUUGGUUUUUGCAAGCUCGUGUUAGUGGUAUACCAAUUUCUGGUACUAUUUUAAAACGUAAAGCUAUUGAAAUCAAUGAUGAGUUGGGUGGUGAUAAGUCUUUCAAAGCUAGUGAUGGUAGGCUGGAUAAAUGGAAACAUCGCAAGGAUAUCAGGUCACUGAAAGUUACUGGGGAAAAAAGGUCUGCGGAUUUUGAAGCUGGAAAUGAUUAUAUUAAGAAAUUAAAAACUACUGUUACCGAUAAAACGCUUGAUAGAGCGCAAGUUUUCAACUUCGAUGAAACUAGUUUAUUAUACAAAAUGUUACCUUCGAUGACUUUAGCUCCUAAACAUGAGAGUCAAGCUGCUGGUUUUAAAUCAAAUAAAGAACGUGUUACGAUUGCUGUUUGCUGUAACGCUGAUGGAUCAUUUAAAUUACCCCUACUAGUAAUUGGCAAGUCUGCUAAGCCCAGGUGUUUAAAAGAUUUAUCAUUUGCGAAAUUACCUGUUACUUAUUAUUCCCAAAAAAAUGCGUGGAUCGAUGUGAAAAUUUUUACUGAAUGGUUUAAAGAAGUUUUCGUUCCUAAAGUGCGUACUUUUUUGGCAGAAAGAGAUCUUCCUCCCAGAGCAAUAUUGAUCGUUGAUAAUUGUAAGGCGCAUACUUAUUUAAAAGAUUGUGAAAUAGAAGUUACAUUCUUACCAGCAAAUGUAACUUCAAUUAUUCAACCCUUAGACCAAGGAAUUUUGGAAACUUUAAAAAGGCAAUACAAAUUAGAUCUGAUUAAAAGAAUUGUUAAAGCUGAAAAAAAACAGAUAUCUAUUACUUACUAG